AUGUUCCCUGUUGUUGUAGAGACAGAACAAAAUGUCGAUCACGGUCCGAGUACUACAGAACUGCGAGUUAAUAUUCAGCAGCUGGGGUCUCAGUACGCCGGUCAAGCGCUCCGACACUCCGCCCUCCAGGAGCUGAUGAUGAAUACCACCAUACACUACGACGCUGUGGUCGCGGAGUGGUAUCACUCUGGACUACUGGCUCCACUAGCAUCCGUCUUCGAUUGUCCGUUAGUCUGGUAUACUCCUGAAGAUAUCUCCUGGCAAACAUACAGCCUCGUGCAUGGACACAGUAGUCUCGAUUUUAUGGCUUACAGUCUUCAAUCUCCGAGCUACUCCCUCCCAGAGAGAUUAAGAUAUUUAUGGUCAAAACUGUCGCUUGGUGUUCGGAAUUACUUUCACGUAAGCUCCACUGAGUUGCCUGAAUAUGAAGCAUGUUACCGUAGCGCGUUUCAGUCCCGGAGGCGUGUCUUACCGAACUAUGAAGAACUAGUUUACCAGGGAUCAGCACUUUUAAUUAAUUCUCACCCGCCACUCGGACAUAAUAUACCUCUUCCUUUAAAUGCUAAAUUUGUGGGAGGACAUCAUAUUGUUCGAAAAAUUUCUCCAUUGCCUAAGAAUAUUGUUAAAUUAUUAGAGGCAUCGAAGGCAGGAGUUAUUUAUGUAAACUUAGAAUCGCAUGUCGCAGGCAGGGAGGUGUCAUAUCAUAUUAUACAGGAGCUUAUAGAGGUAUUCGGUGUAUUACAACAGACUGUGAUAUGGAAGAACGAGGAAAUCCAGAUGAGCCUACCACAGAACGUGUACAUGAUGAAGAAUCCGCCACAAAAUAUUAUACUGAAUCACACAAACACCAUAGCAUAUAUAAACCACGGUCAGAUGGUAUCAAUCGUGGAUGCGACCAACUUUGGAGUACCGGUCAUUGGUAUUCCACUUCUAGAAGAUCACAUUAUCAACAUGGACUCCGUAGUGAGAAGAGGCUGCGGCAUUAAAGUUGACUAUACGAACGAAUUUGCCUGGAAGGUUAAAGACGCUAUCAAUAGAAUACUUAAAAUGACAAGUUAUCGUGAGCAAUCGAACAAAGAUAAAUUGUUAUUUCGCAACCGUGUAGCUUCUCCUCAAUCUGAAGUCCUGCACUUGAUACAACUAGUUCUGGACUCAGAGGGAGCUGGACACCUGCAGUCCUCGACACUGUUCCUCUCCGUCAUGGAGAGACAUAACUUGGACAUUAUCAUACUAGUGUUAAUGUUCUUUUGGUUCCUGAACAGGGCUGUGAGAUUAUUCAGUGCGUACUUUGUUUGGGGGGAUGAUGACAGUGAUGAUAAAAAGUACCAGUAA